AUGAUUCGAAGAACACGAACGGUCAAAGUUUAUAAGGAGUCAACGUCUGACGAAGAUGAUGACCCGUCAAGCAUGCCAAAGAAUGACAGUAAGGAGGAGUGUGAGGAGGAGUGGAUACCUGAUUCGAAGGAAGAUAAGACCAAAGGAAGAGGGAGGAAGAGGAAAGGUGAAAUGGCUGAGAAGAAGCCAGUAACAAAGAGAGUAGCAAAACCCAGAGAAUCCAAACCGAAAACAGAGAGGAAGUCCAGAGCUCCCAAGAGUCUUAACACAGUGAAGCAGGAACAGGCACCCAAUGAGGGACAGCAAAGCAGUGAUGUUGUCAGGGAGACAAGGGUACCUCAGCAGUCAAUGAACGUCAAGGAGGAGAGGCUGUCCAUCAACAUUUACAGCGAGGGAACAACAGGAAGCGGAAUGGCUGAGGGGCCGUGUUCCAGUAAGCAGCUACCAGUGAUGAAAAAGGAGGAACCUGAGGAGGACUUCACCUUCGAUGAGCCAGCCCAGAAAAAGCAGAAGACCACCAGUGCCCCCGAGGGAAGACGGGCAGCCGCCGUUAAGUCAGGAGAUAUUUUAGGUGAAGGGCUUCCGAUGAACUGGGACCCCAUUAAGGUGCUUGCUGAUAAGACAGGUGUGGAGACAUGGGUGUGUGCCAAUAUCGCCCAGCUGCUACAUGAAGAAAACACCAUCCCCUUUAUCGUACGCUACAGGAAAGAGCUGAUUAACCACAUGGAUGCAGAUGCUGUCAGAGACGUGCAGUUAGCACUGGAGGAACUCAGCUCUGUGUCAAGAAAGGGCAAGUCCAUCACGCAGACACUAAAGAAGGAAGGGCAGCUCACCGCUGAACUGGAGGAGGCUUUGAAAAAUUGCAAGUCCGCCGAUGAACUGGACCAUGUGUAUUCCCCCUACAAGAAAGGCAGUAAGCUAUCGAAAGCGCGGCGGGCAAAGCAGCUAGGACUGGAACCGGCGGCGUUGGCCCUGCUGCAGACUCCUCAGACGCUGAACCUUCACUCUUGGAUUCAGCCCAACACUGAGGGUCUGUCCACCGUGGAAGAUGUAAUUACAGGCAUAGAGCAGAUUCUGGCGGAUAUGAUCGCCAAGGACGGCGAAACCCUCACCUACGUCCGUUCACUGUGUGAAAAAAGCAAGGUAACCAUCCAGUCUAAAGUGUCUAAGACAGCCGUGAAAGAGCAGCAGCAGUAUAAACAAGGGGAUCAGAAGAGCAAACCUAAAGACGUGGACAAGUUCCUCUUGUAUUCUGACUUCACCUGCGACGUCCAACGCAUCCAACAUCAUCAGACACUGGCCAUUAACCGAGGGGAGAGUCUGAAGAUUCUGACAGUGAAGGUCAACAUCCCCGACUGGGUGAAGAAUGACUUCUGUAGGUGGUGCGUCAACGUCAGGUGGAGACCACAGGGCUUUGCUCGGCCGGAGCUGAUGAAGAUUUUGAAUGACGCUGUGGAGGAUUCUUAUAAGAGACUCAUAUUGCCACUGCUCAUCAGAUCCUACAGGACUAAACUGACCGCCAGCGCAGAGAAGGAGUCUGUGGCCAUGUUUGUGCGUAACCUGCGUCAGCGUUUGUUGAUGUGUCCCGUGCGAGGUCGUGUCAUAAUGGGAAUAGACCCGGGCUUCCGGCACGGAUGUAAACUGGCUGUCCUCUCUGCCAACGGUCAGAUCAUACACACAGAUGUGGUUUACCUGCAUGGCUCGGGCAGACAUAAGGAAGCUGAUAAACUGCGCCACCUUAUGAUCAAACACAGCUGUCAGACUGUUGUCAUAGGUAACGGCACAGCAUGUCGGGAAACAGAGGCCUUCUUUGCUGACCUCAUCAAGAGGCAAUUCUUCUGCCCUCUGGAUGUUUCCUACUGUAUCACUAAUGAGGCGGGAGCCUCCAUCUACAGUGUGAGUCCAGAAGCGGUCAAAGAGAUGCCCGAUCUGGAUCCAAAUCUCAGGAGCGCAGUGUCCAUCGGGAGACGUGUUCAGGAUCCCUUAGCUGAACUGGUCAAGAUCGACCCCAAACACAUCGGCAUCGGCACGUAUCAGCACGAUGUGUCAAAGAGCCUGCUGAGGGCAGCGCUGGACGGAGUGGUUCAGGAGUGUGUGAGCUUCGUGGGAGUGGACAUCAACAUCUGCUCAGAGACGCUGAUGAGGCAUGUCGCAGGUCUGAACGCGGGCCAAGCGCGCAACAUUGUCGAGUGGCGAGAGAAGAACGGGCCCUUUCUGAACAGAGAGCAGCUGAGGCUUGUCAAAGGCCUGGGCCCAAAGAGUUUCCAACAGUGUUCAGGCUUCAUCAGAGUUAAUCCUGAGACUGCACACAGCAUGCAGAGCAGAAAAACAGAUUCCUCAGCCCCGGAGAAAGCAGUAGCUAAGAAGAGCAAGGCCAAAGGCUCUGGGUCCAUCUCCGCGCAGCCUAACCCACUGGACCAAACCUGCAUCCACCCAGAGUCCUACAGUGUCACCAUGAGUUUCUUAUCACAGAUUGGUGGACAUUUGAAUCAGUUGGGUAGCCCUGAGCUCACUGAGCGCGUGCGGUCUAGCAUUAGGUGUAGUGGUCUGGAGACACUGGCUAAAACCCUUCACACCACGCCGGAGACCCUGCAGCUCAUAGUGGACGGCCUCACCCAGCCACCGGGAUUUGACAUCCGGCAAGACUUCGAGCAGACGGACUUUAAGCAAGGGAUCGUGUCUCUGAGUGACCUUCGGGAGGGCACGGUGCUGACGGGCCGCGUGGAUAACACUGCGUUAUUCGGAGCGUUUGUGGACAUCGGAGUAGGGCGAUCUGGACUCAUCCCAAAACGCUACAUCACUCCAGAUAAGCUUCCUUCCGACCAUCGGCGUCGAAGCUUGGCCCUUGGUCCGGGAGAACGGGUAGAGGUUCGAGUCCUAAACGUGGAUCUUCAGCGUAACCGGAUAACCCUGGACCUCAUUAGGGUUCUCAGAUAG